GCGUCUCUUUGUUGGCCCAGCAGCAGCGUCGCUCCUCUGUUGUUGUUUUCUCUGCUGCUGGAAAAACUGGAAUGCUAGCAAGCUAAAGAAGUAUUCUCUUUUUGUUUUGCUAUAUCUGCCAAAUAAUACACAUCGAACUUAUCCACUUGGCGUGUUGCUACACUAAACGCAACCCAGUCAUGGACUCAGACGAGGGUUACAAUUACGAAUUCGACGACGAGGAAGAGGAAUGCAGCGAAGACAGCGGCGAAGAUGAGACCGCGGACGACACCCUGGAGCUCGGCGAGGUGGAGUUGGUUGAUCCCGUUGUGGCCGGCGGAGAUCGGGACGACUGCGGGGAGACCGGAGGCAGCGGCCUCGGGCCCGGGCAGGAUGAGGAAGACUACCGCUUUGAAGUUCUUACCGCCGAACAGAUCCUGCAGCAUAUGGUGGAGUGUAUCAGGGAGGUCAACGAGGUCAUCCAGAAUCCUGCUACAAUCACUAGAAUAUUACUUAGUCAUUUCAACUGGGACAAAGAAAAGCUGAUGGAAAGGUACUUUGAUGGUAACCUGGACAAGCUGUUUUCAGAGUGUCAUGUUAUAAACCCCAGCAAGAAGUCUCGGACACGCCUCAUGAACACUAGAUCGUCGGCACAGGACAUGCCAUGUCAGAUCUGCUAUCUCAACUAUCCUAACUCGUACUUCACCGGUCUGGAAUGUGGGCACAAGUUCUGCAUGCAGUGCUGGGGCGAUUACUUAACCACCAAAAUCAUAGAGGAAGGAAUGGGACAGACCAUUUCUUGUCCUGCUCAUAGCUGUGAUAUUCUGGUGGAUGACAACACAGUCAUGAGACUGAUUACAGAUUCGAAAGUGAAGUUGAAGUACCAGCAUUUAAUAACCAAUAGUUUUGUAGAGUGUAACCGACUGUUAAAAUGGUGUCCAGCACCAGACUGUCAUCACGUUGUCAAAGUACAGUACCCAGAUGCCAAACCUGUACGGUGCAAGUGUGGUCGGCAGUUUUGCUUCAACUGUGGAGAAAAUUGGCACGAUCCAGUGAAGUGUAAGUGGUUAAGGAAAUGGAUUAAAAAAUGUGACGAUGACAGUGAGACUUCAAACUGGAUUGCAGCAAAUACAAAGGAAUGUCCGAAAUGCCAUGUCACCAUAGAGAAAGAUGGUGGCUGCAACCACAUGGUGUGCCGGAACCAGAACUGCAAAGCAGAAUUCUGCUGGGUUUGCCUGGGGCCCUGGGAGCCACAUGGCUCUGCUUGGUAUAACUGUAAUCGCUACAACGAGGAUGAUGCCAAGGCAGCCCGGGAUGCUCAAGAGGUAAAUAAUCGUUCCAGAGCAGCCCUGCAGAGGUACCUGUUCUACUGCAACCGCUACAUGAACCACAUGCAGAGUCUGCGCUUUGAGCACAAGCUGUACGCCCAGGUCAAACAGAAGAUGGAGGAGAUGCAGCAGCACAACAUGUCAUGGAUCGAGGUGCAGUUCCUGAAGAAGGCCGUGGAUGUGCUGUGCCAGUGCCGCUCCACACUCAUGUUCACCUACGUUUUUGCGUUCUACCUCAAGAAGAACAACCAGUCCAUCAUCUUCGAGAAUAACCAGGCAGAUCUGGAGAAUGCCACCGAGGUUCUGUCUGGAUAUCUGGAACGAGACAUCUCCCAAGAUUCUCUGCAGGACAUUAAGCAGAAAGUACAAGAUAAAUACAGAUACUGCGAGAGCAGACGGAGAGUGCUGCUGCAACACGUACAUGAAGGCUAUGACAAGGACCUGUGGGAGUACAUCGAGGAUUGAGGCUACAUCUCCACACCACAGACUCUCGGAGAGAAACUCCACCCACUAGAGUGCUGAUGCAAUGACAAGAGAGCAGCACAGAUCUCUGCUGCCUCCUCCCUGGCAAACCGCCCUGCAUUGCAUAAUUUUUUCCAGAUUUUUGUUCCAUGAAAAGCAUAAGAGUAAAUUAUAUUUAAAUGAAAAAGUUAGAGAAUAUUAAAAAUAAAAAUAUUACAUGUUCAACAGUAUUGUUAGCAGCGUGAAGCGCAAGACUGAGAAAUCCAACAAAAAGGCAUCUUCCUUUUACUCGCAUUGUAAGAUCUUGCCCUCAGAAGGCUUUUUCCCUUCUUAUCAGUUAUGUUUGUGGACGUGUUCCGUUUGACUUUAUUUUAUAUAAUCUUUUUGUGUGUGGAAAAUGGACUUUGUUUUCAAAAUGGCUUUAAUUCUGACCAUGUCUGGCGAGAUCCGUGUUUGGGUUGCUGAAUGUGUGUUGGUUGAUUGUGAGGAGACGACUUUUUGGCAUACAGACCUUAGCAGAAUAGGACACAAAAAAAAACCAAAAAAAAAAAAAAAAAAAAAAAAGACGACAAAAUCGGUAUUUUUCAAUUUGUAAAUAAUGCAUAUGCAUGGAAGUUAAAGAGUAAGAGUGGCAUGUGUUUGCAUCAUUUUUAAAAGAUAUUUAUCUUUACAAAUAU